GAACACCAUACCGCAUCUGCCCCAAGCCAAGAAAAGCCUUCAUUUACAAAGUACGAGAGCGAACCCACUUUUCAGCUGCACCACCUAACAUCAACGUCAAUUUGAGAAUGGCGAGCAGCAGCGUUCCGAGCGGAGUGUGGAUGCUGGCGCUGUUGGUGCUGGGCUCGUUGCUAGGCGUUCUCGGCGAGCCACAGGCCGGUGGUGAUUGGAAUUCCCUGUCCGGCAUGUGGGGCAAACGCGCCUCCAACGACUGGAACCGACUCUCCAGCAUGUGGGGCAAGCGGGGACCUUACGUGCCCUACCAGGCUUUGCUACUGCGUGCCGGAGAGUCUGGAGAAAUCGCAGGACAUGGCAUCAGUGCUCGUGCCGCUGGACCGGCUGCCUUGCGCGAGAACCACUGGAAUGACCUCAGCGGCUACUGGGGCUGAGUACCUGCCGAGGUUUACCGCCGUGUGCCGGCGACGACCGGAAACCCUUUGGUCGCAUCCGCUGGACCCUGGAGAGAUGCAAGACUUGUGUACAUAGGAAGGCAACUCGGGCCGCCAAGCACACGUGUCUAAAAUUGAUUUCUGUUUGCGGCAAAUCCACAGAUUCAUUAUGACAUUUGUGCGCGUACUUUUAUUCGAUAUUAAAUUCGAACCGCCUUUUGCUUCGUCAUUCCAGUCACAGUCACUAAAGUGAAGUGUUUUCAUGUGAACAAUGCGUCAGAAAAUGACGUUGCGGCACUCCGUGAUUCUCAUGCUGACGGCUCUCCCUUGAGCCAAUCACGCACUUCUUUACCGCCGGUAGUGCGGCUUCACUAAUAAAGUCAAUCCCUUCCAAACAA